CCUCCUCCUCCUCCGGGAGGGCCGCCGCCGCCCAAGGUGAGCCCGGGGCCCGGACCGUGGGGGGGAGGCCCGCAGCGCCUCGCGCACAAGAUAACAUCGGAAAUCUCAUGAGCAUUGGAAGUUGAACAUCAGAGGAAAACAAGACAUGAACCACUGAAGGUCUCUUGGAAGUCAACUGUUCAUCUGUAAAAUGGAGUCAUGAGCCUUAACAUUUAGCAAAGACCCCACGAUGGCCAAGGAAUUUUGAAGUGGGAUACAGAGGAGCUCCAAUGCUUGUCAGUUUGAGCAGUGUUAAAGGGACAACUACCAUGGUAACACUAAUAACGGAAAAGCUGCAGAACCAGAGGUUGGAUGAUCUCACCUGUAAAACGUACAGUAUCAAUCUGUACUCAUCUGAGAAGCUGAACAAAAGUGGCAGUUUGUUCCCUUUCGAAAUCAAUGUAGAAGAGAGCCCUUGGAAAGUUUUAAAUGGGGGCUGUCCGAUCAGAAGCGAGGUGACCAAGAGUUCGGCUUUCCCUUUCCCGUCGUGCCCGUUUAGCGCCGCUAACAGCAUGGGGCUGCAGUGGCAGGAGGACGCCCCCAGCCCGUCUAUGGUGUCGGGGUGGAUCAGCGAACUAAACCUUAACGAAAACUCAGGGCAGCCGCUGGCACCACCCACCAAACGCCACUGUAGAUCACUGUCGGAGCCGGAUGAACUCGCUCGCUGUCGGUCACCGUGGAAACCCGGCAACUCCAAGGUCUGGACCCCCGUCUCCAAGAGGCGUUGCAACAGCGGCGGCAGUGCCACUUUGCAGCGCUGCAACAGCCACGGCAGCACCACCCUCCAGAGAAGCACCAGCAUCAGCCUGCCGCAGAACGUCCUGGCGCUCAAUAACAUUUUCACCAUCACCAGCUUCCAGACGUCCCCAGUACCCAGACCCUCCUCUGCCAGCAGUGGCUUUGUGGACAGUAGCGAGGGCAGCACGAGUUCGAGCGUCCGUUGGCAUUCCGGAGGGCCGGGCGAUUUUAACCCGAGGCGUCGCCUCUCUCUCUCGCAGGAGCACAUUACUGAGACAGGGAACCUCUUGCCUUCGGCUAACAGCACUCCCACCUCGACACCAGAGCUCAGUCGGCGCCAGGGCUUGUUGAGAUGCCGCUCGCAACCUUGCGUACUGAACGACAAGAAAAGCCGGCUAAAGCGCAGACGAGACGAAGACGUGCGGUGGAAUCGCCCAUCUUUAGACUUUUUUAAAAUGACACGGACUUUAAAAAAUUCGAAAAGCCUCUGCUCCCUGGAUUAUGAAGAAGACGAUGAAGAUGAUACGCAAAUGAAGACGAUCGUGUCCUCCCCGUGUGACUCAAAUGACCUAAUGAAUAUCAUCACCCCUGGUUCCAGUCCAGUGAAAGAGCAGCUGGAUGAAGUAAGGCAUCCCGGGCCGUGCCAAAUGGGCUUCAACACAAGGGAUUGUAAGAAAGCAGCUGCGGCGUGUGAAAGUGAUGAGGACACAAGUGACUGUGAGAGUGUCGAAGAGGGCAUCUUUCCUCUAGACUGUGGGGACCUGGAUCUAGAGCAGAUUGAAAACAACUGAGUCGCAAAACUAACGUAUCAGAACCAACGGGCUGUCCUAUAUUGAAGAUGAUAGCGGAUUACUAUGGCCGUGCGUAAUCCGUACCCCUGAGUUUUCAUACUGGCUAUUUUUUUGGCCUGGGUUAACAGAAAAACAUUUCAGGUUGGAGGGGAAAGUGAAACAACGUCAUUUGCUUACAUCUGUUGAUCGGUAUAUUGACAGAAAAAAAAAAAUAGGAGGUUAAAUGUUAUUUUGAACAUUAAGGAGUAAUUUUGAUUAAAAUUUUCCUAACACAAUAUUUUGCAUUUUUAUGCCUUUUACAGUUGUGAAGAAAGCUCUCUAUUUUGAAAUGAAUUUUCAGAAGGGCAUUCUAUUAAAACUAAAUCUGCCUACAGUGAUUCUGGUGCGGGUAUAUGUUCCUUUUGUUGAAAAGCAUAAUGUGAAAAGUGAGUUGCGUUAUUUAAUUGGGAGUUAGCAUUGAGUCUCUGGUGGUCUGAACUCUUCCGAGGUUCUGGUUGACACCCGAUCCAAAAUAUUGUAAGUGACUCCGUAUUGAGUGAGUGGUUAUGAAACUUCAUGACAUGUACAAAUGAUUUUUUUUUCAUACAUGCAGACUUUUUGAUCAAAAUGUAGUAGUGACCUUAAGGGUUAAUAUUUUCCAUGAUUUUACUACUUGAAUUGUUUUCUAGCCUGAAGCAAUGCUAAUUUAGGUGGGGUAAAACUGCAAGUAGCUUCCAAACUUCUGGUCAUUAUUAUUUCAUUUUCUGUGGUUCAGAAGAAUGUACAACAUGAGCACUUCAACUUUUAGACAGGGACUUUGUAAUGAUCAAUUCCCCAGGAGGUGAGCCCCUCAGCAAUACUAGACGGAAACUAGUCCUUGAAUUAAAUAAAAGACAUUUUGCUUUG